AUGGUGAAGAUAAAGCAUCUCCUCUUCACUGCCGUCACUUCUUCUGCGGUGCUUGUCAUCGCCGUUCGUUGCCGUUCACUCCCCGGUUCGCCACCUCUUCGUUGCCGUGUUCGCCACCUCUCCGGUCGCCACUUCUACCGUGACCGUUGUCCUGCUCUCGUGCUCUUCUGCAUCCUCCAUUUCAACCUACAUAAUAUGGCAGUAUUCAGCACUUAUGUAUAUGAAGUGGAAUAUGGCAGUGACUUUGGUUCUUAUACUAGAGUAAGAGCACAUUUAUUGAAGAUUUCAGGAAAAGGAAUUAGAUUUUAUGCAAAAGUUACAUCAACAAAGUUUGAAGAACUUAAAAAACUUGAUAGUGAAAGUACAUUGUUGCAUGAAAGUAAAAAGGCUAAGUCAAUUCCUCUUCCACCCUUAUCUAAUGCAAGUGAAAUUGAUUCAAGAAAAAGAAGAGCUACUGGACCUUUAGAGAAAGCUUUUAAUGUGAAUGCAAGGGAGACUCUAGAUUUACAUAUUACUAGAAUAUUUUUUUCAUCUGGAUUACCUUUUCAUCUAGCAAAAAAUCCGUAUUUUGUCAAAGCUUUUUCUUAUGCUGCCAAUAAUUAUAUUGAUGGUUAUAUUCCUCCUGGAUAUAAUAAAUUGAGGACAACUUUGCUUGAGAAAGAGAAGCAACAUGUGGAGAGAAUGUUAGAACCUACUAAGAAUUCAUGGAGUGGAAAGGGAGUGAGCAUUGUAAGUGAUGGAUGGAGUGAUCCCCAAAGGAGGCAUCUUCUUAAUUUUAUGGCUGUAACUGAAAGUGGGCCUAUGUUUUUGAAAGCUGUAGAUUGUUCAGAUGAAAUCAAAGACAAGGAUUAUGUUGCAAAGCAAAUAAGAGAUGUCAUAAGAGAAGUCGGUCUCUCAAAUGUAGUGCAGAUUGUGACUGAUAAUGCGCCGGUUUGUAAAGCGGCUGGUUUAUUGAUUGAAGCUGAAUUUCCAUCUGUUUUUUGGACUCCUUGUGUUGUUCAUACUCUCAACCUUGCUUUAAAAGACAUUUGUGCAGCUAAGAAUACAAAGAAGAAUAAUUUUGCCUAUCAAGAAUGCUCAUGGAUUACUCAAAUUGAUGACGAUGUUUCUUUUAUAAAAAAUUUUAUUGUUAAUCAUCAUACGAGGUUAUCUAUUUUCAAUGAAUUUAAUACAUUGAAGUUGCUUAAUGUUGCUCCUACUCGAUUUGCUUCUACUAUUGUGAUGCUCAAAAGAUUUAGGUUGUUAAAGCAAGGCCUCAAAGAGAUGGUUAUAAGUGAGAAGUGGUCUUCAUACAAGGAAGAUAAUAUUGGCAGAGUUAAGAAAGUAAAAAGUGCUAUAUAUCUCUAUGAAAGAAAAGAUGAACAAGAGUCAUCGUCCUUCUACGAUGUUGUGCACUCAAUAUUAGUUCAAAGAUGGACAAAAAGUAGCACACCUCUUCAUUGUUUAACACAUUCAUUGAAUCCAAGGUAUUAUAGCCACCAAUGGUUGAAAGAAGAUCUUACACGAGUUUCUCCUCAUCAAGAUAUUGAGAACACUAAUGAGAGAGUUAAAUGCUUGAAGAGGUAUUUUCCUAAUGAAGAAGAGAGGAGAAAGGUAAACAUUGAAUUUGCAAGCUUUUCUGAUGGUAGAGGUGUCUUUGAUGAUUAUGACUCUUUGAAUGAUAGAGGCAUAGUUGAUGCAAAGUCUUGGUGGCUAAUUCAUGGUAGUAAAGCAAAAUUUCUUCAACCAAUUGCUCUUAGGCUACUAGGGCAACCAUCUUCAUCUUCUUGUUGUGAAAGGAAUUGGAGCACAUAUUCUUUUAUCCAUUCCUUGAAAAGAAACAAGUUGAAGCCUAAACGUGCAGAAAAUUUAGUAUUUGUCCACACUAAUCUUCGUCUUCUUUCAAGAAAAACUCCACAAUAUAAUAAAGGAGAAACUAUGAUGUGGGAUAUUGCUGGAGAUGCUUUUUCACCAAUUGAUGAAGAAAAUGGUGUUUUUGAAGUUGCUCACCUUUCUCUUGAUGAACCGGAGUUGGAAAGAGUAACUUUUUCUAAUGAUGAAGAUAUCAACCAUAUAUGA